AUGGAUGUUGUGGCAGCUGUCUCUGUAGUCAUAAGGAAACUUACUGACCUGCUCAUUCAAGAAUCAAACAUCUUCAAAGAGGUGAUAGACGAGGUGGAGCAGGUCAGAGUAAGUCUAAGACGGAUGAUGAACUUCUUCAUAGAUGCAGAAGAUAAGAAAGAACGCGAUGACGGCGUUACGAAGUGGGUGGAAGAAUUUCUUGCUCUUGUUUACAAUGCAGAGGAUGCCAUUGAAACAUUUGUCCUGCAGAGAAUGCAUAGCAGGAGAAUGAACUUCCCUAGGAAGUACAUUUGCAUCCACAAGAAGUUGAGGCAUGGUGCAGACCUUCACAAUGAGGUACAGAAUAUUAACAAGAAGAUUCAGGAGAUCAAGAUAAAGAUCCAGAAGAUCAAGGAGGAAAAGCCUGGCUAUUUCAAUAUGCAUGGCUCAAGUUAUCAAGAUGAAGGGCAAACGCAAAAUCAGCAAAACAGUCAAAGCCAUUCUAUGGAUGAAAAAUCAGAACUCUUUGGCUUCGAAGAGGCCAAAAGUAAGCUAGUGACCAGGCUAACUGACACUUCAUUCCGAGGUCUUCCCUUCAUCUCAAUCGUAGGUGUGGUUGGCUCUGGCAAGACUGCCCUUGCACAGAUAAUAUAUAACAGCAGUGAGAUUAUAGGUCAUUUUGAUUGCCGUGCAUGGGUUUCUGCCUCUGAGAACCUAAGAGAUGCCUUGCUGAGCAUUUUGGAGGCGAUGGGCAUUUUAAUAGUUGAUAAGAAAGCUACUGAUGAAGAAUUGGUAGCCAAAAUCCGUGAGAAUUUGCAGAAUAAAAAGUUUCUGUUGGUGUUGGAUGAUGUGCAGUCACUCGAAGUUUUGAAAGGCCUGCGUGUUGCCUUUUCUGAAGAAACUGUUGGUAGCAAGGUGCUGUUGACUACUAGCAACGUAAACAUAGCUAGGAUGGCAAAUCCAACUCGAAGACCUUAUCAACUCAUGCCACUAAACGAUGAGGACACAUGGAAUUUGUUUUUGAAACAGGUACGCUUACCGGAUGACGCUCAGUUCUCUGAUUCGGAAAUAUUGAGCAAGCUUAGGACAAAAAUCAUAACAACAUGCAAGGGCUUACCUUUGACAAUCAUACUACUCGGAGGUUUUCUGUCUACAAAAACUGCCAGCUAUAAGGAAUGGCUGAAAGUUCUUGACCAUCCAAGUUUGAAUGCUGAUAUUCAUAAGGAUUUUUCUUAUUCUCGUCAGCCUUUCCAUAAUUUUUUUCUAGGUAAUGAAAAUGAAGUUGAGGUCGCAAAAAUCUUGGCCUUGAAAUAUAAUUAUCUGCCCUUCCACUUGAGGCCUUGCCUACUUUAUCUUGGGCUUUUCCCAAAAGGAUACAAAAUCCCUGUGAGGAGGUUAUUGCGUUUAUGGCUUGCAGAAGGCUUUGUAAACCACUCACCAAACGAGACUCCUGAGGAUAUGGUGGAAGGGUAUCUGGACGAACUUCUAAACCAGAAAAUGAUUGAAAUAACAAGGAGGAAAGAUGGGAGUCCCAAGAUAUGCGUUAUUCGUGAAGAGCUACACGAUAUCAUUUUGCCAAAAGCAAAAUAUGUUAGCCUUUUCUACAUCCAUAGAAUAAUGUCAGAGGAGGAAAAAAAUGAUUCUCCUAUGCCCAGUGUUCGUCGAGUUGCUGGGCAUGGAGACAUCAUAGACUAUCCAUGUAAAGAACCGCCAUACAUUCAGCAUCUACGCUCUUACUUGUCCUUCAACGUUCAAAAGAAAGAUAUACCUGCAAAAGAAAUAAGGAACUUUCUCAGCAAUGUCAUUGAUCAUCGAGGCUUUGGACUACUCAGGGUGCUUGAUCUAGAGCGUGUUUACAAACCUCAAUUGCCUGAGAAUCUGGAGAAACUGUUUCAAUUAAGGUACUUGGGAUUAAGGUGGACCUUCUUGGAUACCCUUCCCCACUCUGUUGGUGAGCUGCCCUACCUUGAGACUUUGGAUGUGAAGCACACCUAUAUCAGUUCUCUACCGAAUUCUAUUUGGAAGAUGAAACACCUGCGACAUCUAUGCCUGAAUGAAAUACGCCUUGAUAUGUCUGUGCAAAAACAUCGCUGUUCUCUUACUCAGCUCCAGACAGUCUGGGGAUUAUUUGUGGACAAGAAGAGUCCGGUGAAGAAUGUUUUGAAUAGGUUGACAAGUCUCAGGAAACUAGGUCUGACAUAUCAUCUUGACUCCAUUGAAGAAUUAAAUGAGUGGAUUGCAAGAUUAUCAAGUCUUCAAUCUUUGAGGUUAAGAUCCAAGGAUGAAAAUGGUCGGCCUUCACAGCUUGGAAUAAAGCCUCUGUCAAGCCUUGAGAAUCUCACUCACUUGUAUUUGCUCGGAAACUUACCAGAGCUACAUGAUGGACAUGAAUUCCCCUCCGGACUUAGAGUUCUUACUCUGUCAGUUUCAAAGCUGACAAAAGAUCCCAUGCCAAUCCUAGCGCAGUUGCCAAGCCUUUCUGUCCUGAGGCUGUUGGCUGAUUCCUACACCCAGAAGAAAAUGUUGUGCCCUCGUGAAGGCUUCGGUAAACUUCAAAUUCUACACCUCUGGAUGCUAAAGGAAUUGGAAGAAUGGACAGUGGAGGAAGAAGCAAUGCAAAAUCUCCGAGAAUUAGAAAUCCGACGUUGUCAUAAGCUAAACAAGCUUCCGGAUAGGUUGCUAAAUCUGAGCACCAUUGAGAAAAUAAUUUUAACGAACAUGCCAGCGAAAUUUGCAGGCAAUGAUCAAGCCGACAAGCAAAAGAAACUAAUCAUCACCAAAACUCUGCAGUUCUGA